GUUUUCAGAUUCUCACCUAUAAAUCCCCUCUCCCAUUUCCCUUUUUUUGCUUAUUCUAAUUCCCAUCCUCUUCAUUUCUCCCAUGGCCGAAGAGUUACAGGAAUCCGAAGUCGUCUUCUCCGAUUACGAUGACCGAAACGAAGAGAUCAGCAACAACAACGGCUUCUUCACCGAGCAGCACUGCGGUGGACGGGUGGUUCGGAACAAGAAGCAGAAGCAGAAGAAAGUAACGUCGGCUUCUUCUCUUCCGAUUAAUAUUAACAUCCCGGAUAAUAUAUACCAGACGUUCGUUGAUAGAGAUGAUCAGUUUGAAGAGGAAAACGAAGGCGGAAGAGAAACCACAUUCACCCCGCCUCAUGUAAUCGUUGGCAGGAGAAUUCCAGGGAAAAUGGCGUUUUCUGUUUGUACGUUAAAAGGGAGAGAUUUGAGACGAGUUCGGAAUUCAAUUUUGAGAAUGACUGGUUUCCUGGAAGCAUGAACUGACCUCUGAUUCGGUGUGUUAUUAUUAGAGAAAUAAGAAUUCCUGGAAUACUGUAAUUCUUGUUAGUUUAUUGUAAAAGAAAAGCAAAGAAAUUAUUAGUUAAUGGCAGGCAAUCCGUGGAGGUUUUGACCUGCUUCUUCUUCUUCCUUGGCUUCAAGGUUACUCUUAGGAUGUUCAUAAUGUGAUUGAAGAUGGAUUCAAUUUCCAGAAAAAAAAAAAAAAAACCUACGGCGUUAUAGUUUAUGUCUUCACUUGGACAACAUCAAAAGCCGUUUUUGUCAACAAAGGGAUAAACUUCAGCCUCAGCAACUGUAAACAAUUAUAGUUUUUACAGAUAAAUAGAUACAAUCUCAAUUCUGUCCUCGUUGAA